UCUCUUCACUAUUAAGCUAAAGGCUUACCUUUUUCUCUCAACUGUGGAGCCUUUUUAAUCCUAACGAACUGAAGAUUACAGAUUAAAAAUCUGUUCUCAUUUCUUCAUCUCCAUACAUUUUUCACUUCAUUACCUUCAAAUUUGUCUUCCCCUUGCUCAACUACUUCAAAUCUGAAGAUUACCCAUUAACAUUGAAGCCAUAUUGGCUAACAAAACCAGUGGAGCAGCAGCCAUUGUCAUCAUCUGCGAACUGCGAUUUCGACCUUCCAUUUAAUUAAUGGCCCUGCCCCCCUCUCUCUCUCUCUGCUUUUCGUGUCGGACUUUUCUUCUGCUUCCCUCGAGAUUCGCGCUUUAAUCCCCCAACCUAUUAGUUGACCGCUUGCCCCUUUAUUCCUCUCUUCAAACUUUUCUGCAUUUUUCGUUGCGACCCUCUUUGUAGUUACUUCUCUUCUUGCCAUGGAGUUCUCUGCGAUCAAGGCAAGUAGAGCUACCCCUUCUUCUGUUGUAUCUCUUUGCCGGAAACCUAAUUUUAAGUGUGCCCAUGUUAAGUUUCUCGCUCAAAAGACUCCCUUACCGUUCUUCGACACCCUUAGAUAUGUUCAGUCGCUUCAAUCCAGUACCCGAAAUCUCAAUUCUUCUUUCUCAUGCUCUGCUACGACUCUCUCUCCUUCGUCUACUACGGAGCUCGUCUCUUUUAAGCUACAGCGUCUUAUUGAGGAGUUCGAGUCCAUAUCGGAGCCGGUCGAUAGAAUGAAGCGGUUGUUACGGUAUGCGAGUCUUCUUCCUCCUUUAGAUGCCACUGCGAGACUUGACUCGAAUCGAGUCAUGGGGUGUACGGCGCAGGUGUGGUUGGAGGUGCGAAUGGAUCAAGAGGGCAAGAUGAGGUUUGCUGCGGAUAGUGAUUCGGAGAUUUCUAAAGGGUUUUGUUCGUGUUUAGUUUCGGUGCUUGACGGUGCGAUGCCUGAGGAAGUUCUGAGGUUGAAGACUGACGAUUUGGCUGGUUUGAAUGUGGGAUUAACGGGUGGAGAGCGAUCGAGAGUAAAUACUUGGUAUAAUGUUUUGAUUAGUAUGCAAAAGAGAACGAAGGCUUUGAUUGCGGAGCUUGAAGGGAAGUCGCCAUUUGAGCCGUUUCCAUCUCUGGUUGUGACUGCUGAUGGAAUUCAUGCAAAAGGAAGUUAUGCCGAAGCUCAGGCAAGAUAUUUGUUCCCAAAUGAUUCUACGGUGAAAGAGCUUGUCAAAGUGCUAGAGGAGAAAAAAAUUGGUGUUGUUGCACAUUUUUACAUGGAUCCUGAAGUCCAAGGGGUCUUAACUGCUGCCCAGAAGGAAUGGCCCCAUAUUUAUAUAUCUGAUUCAUUGGUAAUGGCAGAUAUGGCUGUCAAGAUGGCAAAAGAUGGAUGCCAAUUUGUAACAGUACUUGGUGUAGAUUUCAUGUCAGAAAAUGUGCGUGCAAUUCUUGAUCAAGCUGGCUUUGGGGAGGUAGGUGUGUACAGGAUGUCUGAUGAACUGAUCAGUUGUUCUUUGGCCGAUGCUGCAGCUACUCCUUCUUAUAUGAAUUAUCUUGAAAUGGCUUCAAAGGACUCUCCUUCCCUGCAUGUUAUCUACAUAAAUACAUCAUUGGAAACUAAAGCCUAUGCUCAUGAGCUUGUGCCAACAAUUACCUGUACUUCUUCGAAUGUCAUGCCAACGAUUUUGCAGGCUUUUGCUCAAGUACCAGAAUUAAACGUUUGGUAUGGACCUGAUUCCUACAUGGGUGCAAAUAUUGUAGAACUGUUGCAGCAGAUGACCAAGAUGACAGAUGAAGAAAUUGCAAAGAUUCAUCCAAAACAUAAUAGGGACUCAAUUAGAUCUUUGCUCCCUCGUCUGCACUAUUAUCAGGAAGGUACGUGCAUUGUACAUCAUCUUUUCGGCCAUGAAGUUGUGGAGAAGAUAAAUGAAAUGUAUUGUGAUGCAUUUCUUACUGCCCAUUUUGAAGUCCCUGGAGAAAUGUUUGCUUUAGCGAUGGAAGCAAAAAGAAGAGGAAUGGGAAUUGUAGGUUCCACCCAAAAUAUAUUAGAUUUCAUAAAACAAAGGGUGCAAGAAGCUUUAGACAGAAAUGUAAAUGAACAUCUACAAUUCGUAUUGGGAACAGAAUCUGGAAUGAUAACUUCAAUUGUGGCAGCUGUUCGUAACUUAUUAAGUUCUGCGAAAUGCACUUCUGGAGGAGCAAAGAUCAAUGUGGAGAUUGUCUUUCCCGUGUCAUCAGAUUCAUUGACAAGAACAUCAUCAAGUUCAUCUCCAGGCCAAAAAUCAGUUGUACUUGGUGAGAUCAAUUUACCUGUAGUACCUGGAGUUUCCAGUGGGGAGGGAUGUUCUCUUCACGGUGGAUGUGCCUCUUGUCCAUACAUGAAGAUGAAUUCCCUCAGCUCUCUUAUGAAAGUUUGUCACGAUCUACCUGAUAACAAAAGUGCAAUAUCAGCUUAUGAAGCCAAGAGAUUCAAACUGCAUACAGUAACUGGAAAAUCAGUUGCAGAUAUCGGUUGCGAGCCGAUUUUGCACAUGAGAGAUUUCCAGGCUGCAAAACAGCUGCCAGAGAGACUUGUUCAUCAGAUAGUUAACCGGUAACAAUGGGGGGACGGUUUUAGCAAGUCAAUCCAUGCUUUACAUGAAGAGCAAACCAUAAUUUCUUCUCAUCCACUGCCGUUGAGCCUGGAAAAUAUGCACUCUUUCUUCCAAGGAUGAUUCUCUCCUCUGAGCUAAGUUCUUCCCGUAAUGGCAAAAUUAACUUUAGUAUAGAAUAUUUAAGGCUCGAGUGUUUAUUUUCAAUAUUUUUUACCAUAUCAUAUUAGUGUUUGAAGUGGAAUGAAAUGAAAUCCACUGUAUAGCAAUAACAACCAUUUAUACAUCACCUCGAAUAAAUGUUUAAUCGAUACUAUAUCUAGUAGCUUAGAUGAUAUAGUAUACGAUAUAUGAUUUAUCUAAUUUUUUAUAUGGAUCUGUAACAACUCUUGACUGUGUUAUAUUAUAGUGCAUCUUAGAACUCAAAGGACACAUUUGUACAACCUAGUAGAGAUCCGUUCAAGUAAGGUUGUAUAGUGCAUUAUUUAUUGAUUUUCUUCUGGA